UCAGUCCUUUAUUACACUACUACAGAGUAGAUAAUACUUUCUUAAUUUUCUCUCUCUGAAUCUUGAUUUUCCGGCCAUGCCGAUCCACCAAAUCACCAUCGGAACUCACGAAGAACUCCGCCAGCCGGGCGCCCUCAAGGCGGCGUUGACCGAGCUAAUAAGUACCCUAAUAUUCGUAUUCGCCGGCCAGGGUUCUGGCAUGGCAUUCAACAAGCUGACAUCCGACAGUGCUACCACUCCCGCCGGCCUCAUCGCCGCCGCUGUAGCCCAUGCUUUUGCGCUUUUUGUGGCGGUCUCCGUCAGCGCUAACAUCUCCGGCGGCCACGUUAACCCCGCCGUUACUUUCGGUGCAUUUAUUGGAGGAAAUAUCACUUUCUUCCGUGGUAUUCUCUAUGUUAUUGCACAGUUACUUGGAUCCACUGUUGCUUGCUUGCUCCUUAAGUUCGCCACUGCUGGCAUGGUAAGCAUUAAAAUGUGCACUUAUAUAUAAUUUGGUUACUCAACCCCCCCACCCCACCACCCACCCAAAUUCUGUGAUACAAUUCAGAUUUGGAAGUUAAACUUCUUAAUUCUGAUCAU